AUGGUCACCGACACCAAGGGGCGGGACCAGCAUGCGUGGCCUCGGCGAGAGUACACCAAGCCGUGGCUAGCCUCGCCCUGCAAGCCACCGUCCUCGCACGGGCGCGUGCGAGGACCAGCCACGGACCAUGACCUUUGCGUCACGGCCCGAAUCGUCGAACCGCAGUGGAACUCGUCGCCGCCAGAGCAGCCGCGCAUUCUCAAGCACCAGCUCCUGUGCAAGUCGCCGCCGCCCUCGUCAGCACACGUGCAGGGCCUCUUUUCGAUCGCCAAGACGACGGCGACCCGAGCCGACAAGGACCGCAGCGCCUCCAAACCAACGCUCUUGGCACUGCGGCGACAAGUCGAGACGCGCCUCGCCCAAGACCGCGACGAAGAACGCCGGGGGAAGAACGAAUGGUGGUGGGCCAGCCAACCAUCAACGCCUUUGUAAGCCUGCAAUACACUGCAUUCUCCAGCACCCAUGUCGCUGUGAAUGACGAG